CGUCAAUUUGUCACUGAGAAACAUUUCUAUUUUAGUAUGGACAAAACAAAAUUCAAGUCAUUCCAUUAUACAUUCCUUAAUGUAAAGACAAAACUUAAGAGAUUCCGUAAAAAUGCAGAUACAUUUAACGGCACUGAAUCUGAAUAUGACGGCAGCUGCUAACCUGUUGAGACCAGUCUUAAAGAGUCCCAUAAGUCAGGUGGUAAUCUCAUUCGCAUUUGGUUACUAUGCCACAACCAAGAUUGGUCAAUUUUUAGCCAUUCUGUGUAGGCCAACUUUGAAAUAUUCUAAUAAUGUGAGCGAAAAUCAAGAUGAAACAUGGCUAAACGAGUCGCCUCGAGGUAAAGAUACCUUAUUGCUUUCACUUGAACAGUUGUCUGCCUAUGAUGGCCUACAAACAGAUCAACCGAUUUACACUGCUCUCAAUGGCAAGAUCUAUGAUUUAAGUCCUUCUCGGAUGAAGUUCUCGAAUCAUGGACCUUACUCUCUUAUUGCCGGCUGUGAUGCCAAUCAGGUUCUUAAUAUUGCCUGUGGUCCGAUGGGCGUCAGUGUUGACGAUGUUGUGGAUCGUUGGGAGCGUAGUUUGAAUGCUGAAUUUAGUAUUGUUGGCUACUUGGUUGAUGCAGAGUUAACCGACGAAAAGGACGAAUGUAUUAAUGGGUGCACCAACAAUAAUGAAGAUGAUCCUUCCGUUGCUAUAAGCGAAUCUGAUGCAGAUGCCACAUCGGAAUUGUGAAGGGAAAAUGGGUUAUUUAGUUGCGUUAGUUUAACGAGGAAUGAAGGGUCCGUUGUAUUUAAUUACUUUUUUGGUACAUUAGUUAAUAAAAGGAAACAAUUAAUCAAUUAA